AUGGCUACCACCGCCCCCCUCAGUGCGAAAAGCAAGCUUGCUGGACCCGGUGCAUCCUUGAAAAUCACUCCUUCGAACUCUCCAAUCCUCAGACCGGGCACGCGAUCCCCUAGCAAAACUUCCCAUCAAUCCUCCUUGUCCCUCCAGACCGUUAUCGGCACAACAACCACCACUCCCAAUGGCUUUUCAAGCCAUGACCAGAGCAGAAGCUUUGCGCUAUGCGCUGGAUCGGCAGCGGUUCUUGCAGAAUUGGACGAGAACGAUAACAUAACCCAGCGCUUCUUCCGAGCCCGGCCCUCCGCAACAAGUGUCAACCCAUCAACUUCUUUUUACAACCAUUCGACUCCCCCAGCCACCCCAGACCCGAGAUCGCGAUCCCUUUCCCAUAUCCGGUCCAAUCCACACCUUAAUCUCCACAAUGGGUCCCCGUCAAGCGAAGCCAUCGACAGCGGCAGUCCACGUGGAUGGUCUUCGAGGGAAAGAAUCAAAGCAGUAACGAGUGUUUCGAUCAGCCCGAAUGGAAGAUUCCUUGCAGUGGGAGAGACUGGUUACAAUCCUCGAGUUUUGAUAUUUUCGACCGCGAGAGAUGCUUUGCCGGAUGUUCCCCUAUCAAUUCUAAACGAGCAUACGUUCGGUGUUCGCAGCCUGGCGUUUAGCCCCGACUCCCAGUAUUUGGCAACACUCGGCAACCCGAACGAUGGAUUUCUCUUUAUCUGGACAAUCAACCUCAAGAAUGGGUCGGCCAAGCUACACUCCGCGAAUAAGUGCACUUCAUUUAUUAAGGAUAUGUGCUGGGUCGGUCAGAGCUUGGUCACGACUGGUCUGCGACAUGUUAAGGUCUGGCGUCUUCCAACAGUGAUUCGGCCUGUUUCACCAACCAAGACACGUUUAAAUGUCGAGGGAGCUGGCCCCUCGCCAAAUCCUGCCCCGAAAGCACUUUCUGGCAGGAAUUGUCUACUAGGCGCACUGGGCGACAACACCUUCACCUGUGUGAACAGUAUUUCCUACAACGAGGCUGUAAUCGGCACAGAUUCGGGCGCGGUUUGCUUUCUCGAUGAUCGCGAAGGAUCCCAGAAGAUGACCACGGUAAAGCAGGUUGGAUUCAGCAUCACCUCGUUGGCCGUGGACUUUGACCAAGAAUCCAUAUGGCUAGGUGGACGAGGAAGGCAGAUGCAGCGGGUGCCAUUUGAGUUUCUACGAUCAUCCGGCUCAUCUACGCCGAUGUCUCCUGUGCGCCUUGACAAGAGCGCGCUUGACAAGAAAAGCAAGACACCGGCGAUUACUUGUAUGGGGUCUCUUAAUUCCCAUUUGGUCACCGUUGAAUCCACACGCGCGAUUCAUGUCUAUCCGAUUGACACUUUAGGCGAAGAUGGUGAACAGGAGGAGGGCGAGGCUUCCAUGCCGGCCCAUCGGGACCCGAUUCUCGGCAUUUGCCGCAUGGAUUUCCCCAAUGACUUGUCUGCGGACUUCUUCACAUGGUCUCGCAACGGUUCAGUGAACUUUUGGGAUGCUCAAGGGAAAUGUCGAGGAUCUAAAAAUAUCGAUCUCGACCAAUUUCCAGGAAAGGAAGAUGAUGCGGCAAACGAACUCAAAGUUUUGAGGACCGCCGAAAAUGCGCACUGGUUUGUCUCUGCUGACAAGUUUGGUGUAUUGAGAAUAUUUUCGGAUUCCGACUGGACUUGCCUUAACGAGGCGCGCGCCCAUGGUGGAGAGAUCACGGAUGUGGUCAUCCAAGGAAUGGACGAUACCUGGUUGAUAGCUAGUUCUGGACGUGAUCGGAUGGUGCAACUCUUCGAGAGACGAGACACCGAGUUGCAGUUAAUUCAAACCAUGGACGAUCACGUCGGAGCUGUUGGACAAUUGAUGUUCAUCAACGAAGGCGAAAAACUGCUUUCGUGUUCCGCAGACCGCACCGUUGUCAUACGAGAGCGUGCGACACGCGAGGUGGAUGGUGGCACAUCUGUUGCCUACCUCAUCUCAAGGGUCAUCACUCAAAAGUCCUCCCCGGUGUCAAUGACACUUUGUCCAGAUGACUCGAACAUUCUAUACCUUUGUACCAUGGAUCGUUGUGUUUCGAAAUUCGACAUCCCCUCCGGGCAUCAGCUUCACUGUUUCAAGGCAUCUGAUUCGGAGACAGCUGAUGCGGUGGUUUUGAGUUCGUUGACAAUUGCAUCUGAAAUCUCAGGCCAGACCCCGAAGGUUCUUAUAGGUGUUUCGAGCACCGACAAAUCUAUUCGCGUCUACGAUCUAGAGCGAGACCAGCUCCUCACUGGUGAAUUUGGCCAUACAGAAGGUGUCACCGACGUGUUACUACUGGAGGAGCGUGAUAAAUCCGAUGGCUCCCAAACCAAGCGCACAGUGGUCAGUGCUGGUAUGGAUGGUAUUUUGAUGAUAUGGAACCUAUCUGUCCAGCAACAGGUCUCACCAGACCUCGUUGGGAAUACGCGCGAGGACGAUGAAAACCCCGUAAAGGAACUGACAGCGGCGAAGCCUCCUCUCCGAAAAGUCCUUUCCCGCAGUGAGCUCGCUGGAUUCCAACGACCGGAUAGCCCCAAUCCUACAACACCAACACCUAUACGCGAGCACUCUCCAACCCUACUCCGUAAGCUGUCUCGACUAUCUCUAGCACCAUCAUCGCUCAAAAACCACGCCGUUUCAGAAACAUCCUCCCCUCCAAACCGCCUCUCCCCAACACCAGGACCAGGCACACCACAAGACCGACGCCGCCGCUCCCCAUCCCCAGUAAGCCCGAAAUCCAAAACCCCAACACCCCGAAAACCGCACAGCGCAAGAACCACCAACCGCCGCACAUCCCUCGAUUUCCGCAACCGCGGCAAAACAACCACGCGCAGCGAGUUCGGCAGCCUGGAUAUGUCCACCGAGCAGCUAUGCCGAAGUCUGCGAGCGUAUCGCAAGAAACUCAACGGCUCGAGUCAACACAUGCAAGCGCAAAAGGAGCUCGAGCGCGAGCUCAGUCUCACACUCCGCAUUGUGGCUGGUCGUGGACAGAGUAGCGAUGAGAGCGCCGAGACUGAGACAGAUAGUAGCGGGAAAGAUAUGGAGCGAGAGCGGAAACAGAGCUACUCGGCCAUGCCCAAGCCGCCUCGUAUUCCUCACCGUAUGCCGUCUACCCCGUCGUUGCGGUCUAAGGGGGUGCGGCAGGUUUCGCGGAGUCGUUCCUGCGAUACGAAUGAGGAGGAAUGA